AACGCGCUCGGCUUCAAAAAUUAUCGUACGAAAUAGAGCGUUGAAAAAAGAUCCUUAGUCGUUAAAAAUGGGUACAGAAAUGAGCGCCGAGAAGGGAAACGAAUAUCAAAAUGGAAAUGUCAAAAAGGACGAUGAUUUGCGCGAAAACGGUACAGAUGAAAAUGACAGAGACAAAGAAAGUAAAGAAGCUCAAGACAUGGGAAGUAAAUAUAAAAAUGGCGAUAUUCGCAGCAGAAAACCUAUUAAAGCGGGAAGUAGGACAAAAGCUGAACUGAGGAAAGCAAUUCUCAAAACUAAACAACCAAGCAUGAACGAACAGCAGAAACCUAUCGCUAUUCCAAAGUGGCUAUCCCCAAUUUUUUCUAUUGUGAUGCUUGUGGAAAAUACUUUGCCCUUGAGGCUCAGACGGCUACUUGUUUUUCUAACCAUUGUAGGGCUUGCCUUUGGAACCAGGCUGUUUAAUGUGACACUGCCACCACAUAUCUGUUGGGAUGAAACUCAUUUUGGCAAACAUGCUAAUUACUAUCUCAAAGGGGAAUUCUUUUUUGAUGUUCACCCUCCAUUAGCAAAGAUGUCAAUUGCUUUGGCUGGGUAUCUCAGUGGUUAUAAUGGUUCAUUCCCAUUUGAUAAACCAGGAGAUAAUUAUGGAGAAAACAGCUAUGUAGGAAUGAGAUUGUUUUGUGCAAUAUUGGGUUCCCUGUGUGUACCACUUGCUUAUCUUACUGUCUGGGAGCUUACCAAGUCAACAGGCGCUUCCCUUCUAAGCACUGCAUUCAUAGUUUUUGAUCAUGGAUGCCUUACAAUAUCACAGUACAUUCUACUAGAUCCAGUUUUAAUGUUCUGUAUCAUGUUGUCAACUUAUUCCUUUACCAAGUUUCAAAACUGCAGAAAUGUUCCUUACACCUUUGAGUGGUGGGCUUGGAUGACAGCGUCUGGUGUUUCUUUGUCUUGUGCAUUUAGCUGCAAGUGGGUUGGUUUGUUUGUGAUACUGUGGGCUGGCAUUACAACAGUUUUAAACCUGUGGGAUCUUCUAGGGGAUUUGUCUUUGUCUCUGUUUGAGAUUGGUAAACACUUUAUGGCUCGUGUGCUUUGUUUGAUUAUGGUCCCCAUCUUUGUCUACCUCUUUUGGUUUGCUGUUCAUUUCAAAAUGCUGCCAAAUACUGGGCCAGGUGAUGGGUUCUUUAGUUCUGCAUUCCAGUCAACUCUAAAAGGAAAUGUUCUUUACAAGAAUGUGGUACCUGCAGACCUUGCUUUUGGUUCAAUCAUUACAAUCAAAAAUACUCGGGCAGGAGGAGCUCUUUUACAUUCACAUCAUCAUCUUUACCCCAAAGAACAUCCUCCUGAGCAGCAACAGAUUACUUGCUACUCUCACAAAGAUGACAACAACAAAUGGUUGGUGAAAAAGGCUUACGAAGAUUACAAUGACCAACAACCUGUAGAAUUCCUUAAGAAUGGAGACUGGAUUAGGCUGGAACAUGUUGGAACCAAGAGGAAUCUUCACAGUCAUCAAGAAAAAGCACCACUCACCACCCAUCAUAAUCAAGUAACAGGUUAUGGAGAUAAUGGGAAAGGAGAUGCUAAUGAUUUUUGGCGUGUGGAAGUUGUGAGUGGUGAAGGUGAAGAUGGACGAAUUAAGACUGUAAAGACAGUUUUCAGACUUGUUCAUGUUAACUUGGGCUGUGCUCUUCAUGGAAGUACACAGGUCCUACCAAAAUGGGGAUGGGAGCAGCUGGAGGUCACUUGUAAUCCCAUAGUACAUCAUUCACAUAAUCUUUGGAAUGUUGAGGGUCAUGAAAACGAAAGAGUUCCAAAGUCUGCAUCUGACUUUUACAAGCCCUCAUUUCUUGGUAGUGUCUAUGAAUCACACAUCGUCAUGGCUCAGACCAACUCGGGAUUCAAACCAAAGGAAGGAGAAGUGACAUCACAACCCUGGCAGUGGCCAAUUAACUACCGGGGUCAGGUGUUUUCUGGCGGAGAUUAUCGUGUCUACCUUCUUGGCAAUCCAGUUAUUUGGUGGUACAUACUGGGAAUUAUGUGCCUGUUUGGCCUGCUGUAUUGUUUCCAUGCCGUAAGAACACAAAGAGGCUUAACCGAUCCACCUGUAGAACUAGCUCGCAGAAAAAGAAUGGAGUCAGCCUCUGGUUGGUUGUUCCUUGGUUGGGCCUUGCAUUAUUUUCCCUUUUAUGCCAUGGGACGUGUGUUGUACUUCCAUCACUAUUUUCCUGCUUAUCUCUACAGCGCCAUGAUGGCAGGUAUAGUGAGCCAGUAUAUGUGCAAAUCAGUAGCCUUGCUUCCCAAGCUUGACAGGAUUAAAGAGAUGGUUUACUACAGUACUAUAUGCUUCCUUCUGGCUGGAUGUAUUAUCAGUUUCUGGUUAUUCCGAGGACUCUCCUAUGGCAUGUCUGGCCCUAUGGCUCAUCUUCCUGACUCUACUGCUGCAGUCUACAAGUGGAUGGACAGCUGGGAGGUGUAGCAUGGUGCAAGUGACCAACUAUUUAUACCACAAGGAUGCAACAAAUGAUCCAACUAUGCAUACAUUAGUGAUACAAUUUAUCUUGUAUGCAUAGAUGUUAAAUUUCCACAAGACCUAUGCUUUUAAAAUUUUUUAGGUAGACAAGAAAUGACAUUUUAGAGAGUACAGUUUGGCCAGGUCACAAAAAUGCCAAACUCCAACACUCUGGAUCAAAGGGAUAGCAGGGUAGACCCCCCACCUAAUUUGAAAUAGAGUGAAAAGUAUUAUUUAAAUUGUGAUAAUAACUACUGGUAAGAGUAAAGUAAAAAUGUCUGCACAUUUCACUUUGAGAAAGAUAUUUUUCUUAUCAAUGAUAUAGAUACCUACCGACCAAACCUGUCUGUUUUGGAAUUUUUUUUUUUUUGAGUUAGUGAAGUGAGAAUAAUUUGGAUUUUUAACUCUGGAGAUUUCAAUGGUGGAGAUGAUUAUGAUUACAAGUGCAUAAUGAUGAUGAUUUCAGUGACAAAUUCUGGUGAUGGUGACGACAAUCUCUACAACCACCACAACAAAUUUACAAUGAUAACCAUAUAAACAUCUUUACAAGUUUUUAUUUCACCAUUUGUGCCUACUUAUUUAAGUAUUACCAAAUUUGGGCAAUACAUUACUAUCAUGUGUUACCUGAAAUCAGUCAGGUUCAAAUUCUCAAGGUAUUUUUACCACAGACAAAAACCACAUUUGAAAAAUUUAGGAAAAAGUUCAGAAAAAAUUUAUUAAUGAGGUGCAUCAGAAUAGAUUAAGGGACAAGCAAAUCAAGAGAAAUCACUAGUCUACAGUUUGCCUUUACUGUAAACUUGUACAGACUCUGAUUUAGUAGAGUUACGAAUACUAUUUAAUAAAUUGUCACUAGAGAGUAAAAGUUGAUGCAGUUUAAUGUACUCAUCAAGAAUCCCUUGAAAUAUUUCUAAUCUUUUUAAUAGUGAUUUCUACAGGGAUUAGUUUUCUGUCUAUCUAAUGUUUUCUAAAAUACUGAUCUAUGAAAAUUAAAAGCAUUUGGGAAUUACACUUAACAUUUUUACACAAAGACUUAGAAUACAUAACAUGUAGCUAACGUAUUUAUAAUUUGAAAUGGUAUGAACCCAAAGGACUCUUUCUAAUAAUGAAGCCUUACCUUAGAAGCGAAUGAUAUGUAAUUUUUCUUCGCUAUGAUUUUUCGUUAAGCUAUAGUGAUUAAUGAUUUUGUGACUAAAGGGCAAUAGUCAACCCCAUACAAUCUAAACAUAAACAACAAUUGCAUUCCCUGACAAGGUCAUUGUAAAAUGGUAUGCAGUGUAACAUAUUUCUAACCUUACUUGGGUUGCCUGUGACACAAAUGUUGUCUAUCAAAUGGUUUCAGAAAGAAAAAAAAAAAACGUAAUUCAUGUAUUAGUGGGUAUGGUCAAUAAAAUGAUGCUUCCAUUGUUUGAAUACCACAGACUCACUGGUGUACAAUCAAUUCGAUAGAUAGCAGUCCCUGGGACUUGUAAGGAUGUGGCAGUUUUCCAAAAGUAUUUGGUCUCUUGAUCACACCGAUAUUUUUAAGAAUUUAAUUAAUGGUUUUUGAAUUGUCAGGGUGUACAUGAAUGCAACCAAGGCUAUUAAUGAAAAAAUAUGUACAAAAUUUAUACACAAUGAAU